AGUGCAGUGCUAUGUACUACUUGCGCCAGUGCAGGAUCUUCUUGCCAGCCCGAAAACGUGCGCUCGUCUAACCUCGCUUUGCAGCUAACCGUUUCGAGGUCUAAUUCUCAGAAGCUCCCGACUUGUCACAUGUAGAUGCCCACCAUUUGGCGCAGGAGAACCUCUCAAGUCCAACAAGGAGACUGCCAACUUCUGUCAACAGCUCCUCCCUCGUCACCAGUGUGUCCAGUUCACCCAAAGAACUUGAAGUUGAAGUUGAAGGCUCAGCACCUUUUUGCAUGUGCGCGCUUUGCUCGGACGUGGUCUCCCACGAGUUGAGGAGCGAACAAGUGUAAAGGGCGGAGGGAAGAAACCAAUCAAAAGUAGUCAAGCUGCCAAAGUCUGCAACUCGUACAAAUUGAGGGACGCGAAAAAGUAGUCAACGUAGAUUGCCCGACUUUAACGAUGGCGGACGCUGUGGACGAUGAGAUUCGUCGCGUACAGGAGGAGCGGAAGAAAAGGGAGCAGGACCUUGCGGCGAUGAGCCUUGAGAAGAGCAGUUUUGAUCAGGAUCUGUAUGGGGGGCUCGGCAGGGCAGAUGGCUAUGUUGCAUCGAUCCCCGCUGAUGAGGGGGAGGACGAAGAAGGGGACACCGAGAGGGAGGUUGCAAAGAAACUGGCGUCAUACACCGCGCCAAAGUCCCUGCUGGGCGUGCUUCCAGGGCGCAACGAAGAUGGAGUGGAGGAAGACCCCGGCUUCAACCGCCCGUCGCGCAUCAUCGACCGCGAGGACGACUACCGCAAGCGGCGCCUGAACCGCAUCAUCUCCCCCGAGCGCGUGGACCCCUUCGCGAUGGGCGACAAAACGCCGGACCCCUCGGUGCGCACGUACGCCGACAUCAUGCGCGAGGAGGCGCACAAGCGCGAGAAGGAGGAGACGCUGCGUGUGAUUGCCAAAAAGAAGCAGGAGGAAGCGGAGCGCAGGGCCAAGGAGCAGAGCGAGGCCCCCACCAGGGUGCAGCAAGCGGCGGCGCCGCAGCCGGCGGCAGCCAAUGGGAAGCGGCGGAACCGGUGGGACAAGUCGGGGGGGGAGGAGGAGCCGGCAAAGAAAGCAAAGACGUCGGACUGGGAUGCCCCUGAUGCUGGCCCAGCUGCAAGCCGAUGGGACGCCCCAACCCCCGGCCGCCCUGGCGCCGACGCCACCCCCGCUGCGCGCCGCAACCGCUGGGACGCGACCCCCACCCCCGGCCGCCCAGCCGACGACGACGCCACUCCUUCCGGGGGGGUGACUCCGGGGGCCACUCCUGCCGGAACUAUGUGGGACGCUACCCCCAAGAACAUGGCCACGCCCACACCGAAAAAGCAGCGCUCGCGCUGGGACGAAACCCCGGCCACGAUGGGGAGCGCCACUCCUAUGGGGGGUCAGACGCCAGGGGCGUUCACCCCGGGGGUGACCCCUAUGGGGGGGCUGGGGAUGGAAACGCCGACCCCCAGCCAGAUCGCGCUGCGCGUGCCGCAGACGCCUGAGCAGUACAACGCGAUGAAGUGGGAGCGCGACAUCGAGGAGCGCAACCGGCCGCUCUCGGACGAGGAGCUCGAUGCGAUGUUCCCGAUGGAGGGGUACAAGAUUCUGGACCCCCCCGCGAGCUACGUCCCGAUCCGGACCCCCGCUAGGAAGCUGCUGGCCACGCCGACGCCGAUGGCGGGGGCGACGCCCGGGUAUAUGAUCCCCGAGGAGGACCGGGGCCAGCAGUUUGACCUGCCGAAGGAGGGGCCCGCGGGGCUGCCGGAGAUCAAGCCGGAGGACUACCAGUACUUCGGGGCGUUGCUGCAGGAGAAGGACGAGGAGGCGCUGACCCCUGAGGAGGCCAAGGAGCGCAAGAUCAUGAAGCUGCUGCUCAAGGUCAAGAACGGGACGCCCCCCCAGCGCAAGACCGCGCUGCGCCAGCUCACCGACAAGGCGCGCGAGUUCGGCGCGGGGCCGCUCUUCAACCAGAUCCUGCCCCUGCUGAUGUCACCCACGCUGGAGGACCAGGAGCGUCAUUUGCUGGUCAAGGUCAUCGACCGCGUGCUGUACAAACUGGACGAGCUGGUGCGGCCGUACGUGCACAAGAUCCUGGUCGUCAUCGAGCCGCUGCUCAUCGACGAGGACUACUACGCGCGCGUCGAGGGGCGCGAGAUCAUCUCCAACCUGAGCAAGGCCGCCGGGCUGGCCACCAUGAUCGCCGCGAUGCGCCCCGACAUCGACAACAUCGACGAGUACGUGCGCAACACGACGGCGCGCGCGUUCUCGGUCGUCGCGUCCGCGCUCGGCAUCCCCGCGCUGCUGCCGUUCCUCAAGGCGGUGUGCAAGAGCAAGAAGUCGUGGCAGGCGCGGCACACGGGGAUCAAGAUCGUGCAGCAGGUGGCCAUCCUGCUCGGGGUGGCCAUCCUGCCGCACCUGCGCUCGCUCGUGGAGAUCAUCGAGGAGGGCCUUGGGGACGAGAACCAAAAGGUGCGCACGAUCACGGCGCUGUCUCUGGCCGCCCUCGCCGAGGCCGCCGCGCCGUACGGCAUCGAGAGCUUCGACAGCGUGCUCAAGCCGCUCUGGAAGGGCAUCCGCAGCCACCGCGGCAAGGUCCUCGCGGCCUUCCUCAAAUCCAUCGGGUUCAUCAUCCCGCUUAUGGACGCAAUGUACGCGUCUUACUACACCAAGGAAGUCAUGGUGAUCUUGAUCCGGGAGUUUCAGUCGCCCGACGAGGAGAUGAAGAAGAUCGUGCUGAAGGUGGUGAAGCAGUGCGCGGGCACCGACGGCGUCGAGGCGGACUACAUCCGCGCGGAGAUCCUGCCGGAGUUCUUCAAGAACUUCUGGGUGCGGCGCAUGGCGCUCGACCGGCGCAACUACAAGCAGCUGGUGGAGACGACCGUGGAGAUCGCCAACAAGGUGGGCGUGUCCGACAUCGUGGGCCGCAUCGUGGAGGACCUGAAGGACGAGAGCGAGCCGUACCGGCGCAUGGUCAUGGAGACGAUCGACAAGGUCGUCUCCGCGCUCGGCAGUGCCGACAUCGACGCGCGCCUUGAGGAGCUGCUCAUCGACGGCAUCCUGUACGCCUUCCAGGAGCAGACGAGCGACGACACGAACGUGAUGCUCAACGGCUUCGGCACGGUGGUGAACAGCCUGGGUCAGCGUGUCAAGCCGUACCUGCCUCAGAUCUGCGGGACCAUCAAGUGGCGCCUCAACAACAAGAGCGCCAAGGUGCGGCAGCAGGCCGCUGACCUCAUCGCGCGCAUCGCCGUCGUCAUGAAGGCCUGCCACGAGGAGCAGCUCAUGGGCCAUCUCGGAGUGGUGCUGUACGAGUACCUGGGCGAGGAGUACCCCGAGGUGCUGGGCUCCAUCCUGGGCGCCCUCAAGGCGAUCGUAAACGUCAUCGGCAUGACCAAGAUGACGCCACCCAUCAAGGACCUCCUCCCGCGCCUGACGCCCAUCCUCAAGAAUCGCCACGAGAAGGUCCAAGAGAACUGCAUCGACCUCGUCGGGCGCAUCGCGGACCGCGGCGCGGAGUUCGUCCCCGCCCGCGAGUGGAUGCGCAUCUGCUUCGAGCUGCUUGACAUGCUGAAAGCGCACAAGAAGGGCAUCCGGCGUGCGACGGUGAACACGUUCGGGUACAUCGCCAAGGCGGUCGGGCCGCAGGACGUGCUCGCGACGCUGCUGAACAACCUGAAGGUGCAGGAGCGCCAGAACCGCGUGUGCACCACUGUGGCGAUUGCGAUCGUGGCCGAGACGUGCUCGCCGUUCACGGUGCUGCCCGCGCUCAUGAACGAGUACAAGGUGCCCGAGCUUAAUGUGCAGAACGGCGUGCUCAAGUCGCUCUCGUUCCUCUUCGAGUACAUCGGCGAGAUGGGCAAGGACUACAUCUACGCGGUCACGCCGCUCCUAGAGGACGCGCUCAUGGACCGCGACCUGGUGCACCGGCAGACGGCCGCUUCCGCAGUGAUGCACAUGGCGCUCGGCGUGGCGGGCCUCGGCUGCGAGGACGCGCUGAUCCACCUGCUCAACUUCAUCUGGCCCAACAUCUUCGAGACGUCGCCGCACGUCAUCAACGCCGUCAUGGGCGCGGUCGACGGGAUGCGCGUGUCGUGCGGGCCGGCGGUCAUCCUCAACUACUGCCUGCAGGGCCUGUUCCAUCCUGCCAGGAAAGUACGCGAGGUGUACUGGCGGAUCUACAACAACCUGUACAUUGGCUCUCAAGACGGAUUGAUAGCAGCGUACCCGGUACUGGAGGACGAGGGGCAGAAUACGUUCAGCCGACCAGAGCUGAACAUGUUUGUUUGAGUGAACCUGGCCUGGUUGCCAUGAAGUUUGUACAUUAAACUAAAGUGUCGUUGUCUGGGGUGGCCUUGUAAAGAGACGGAAAAAAGUGCCUAUGAAUCGGCAGGCAUUGCGACAUUGUUGACUCGCUGCACUGGUGAGAAUCUGUUGGCUUUCC